AUGGUGCUGAUCACAAACCUGAUAUCAGCACAAACAGGGACGAUUACAGCAGGACUGUGCGCAAUCGACUCCAAGCGUGCGAUCAAAUAUUUGGGGGUGAUGAUUGACGACCGGCUGAGCUUCACGGCCCAUGUCGAUUAUGCCUGUAAAAGAGCAUCAAAGGCGACAACAGCUCUCUCGCGGGCCAUGUCAAACAACUCAGCAAUACACAGUAGCAGAAGGUGGGUACUGAAGAGCGUAACCUCGUUCAUUUUGCGGUACGGAGCGGCAGCCUGGAAGGCAGCCUUGGGCAGGAAAUGUAAUCUGCAGAAAAGGCUGAUGACCUUUAGUGCUGCCGAUCUAGGUGCUUUCCCCGAGGUUACCACCGUGGCAUGCCGGAAAUCAUAA